AUGUUUGGUUUUCUGUUGGGAUGGCGAAAGGCCUCCAAGUGUAAGAGUGUGGUGAAGCAGCUUCAGCGUCGUCUAAAGCUGCUCAAGAACAAGAAAUACGCCAUUUCCUCACACUUGCGUCACGACAUAGCCCAGUUGCUCCGCAUUGGUGAACGAAGCCGUGCUCUUCAUCGGGCUCAACAUCUCUUCCUUGAUGAGAAUCUCAUGUCCCUCUACCACUUGCUGCUUCACUUCUCCGACUUCAUCCUCCUCCACCUCUCCUACAUUCGGAGGCACAGAGAUCUUCCCGAUGGCAUCCACGAAGCGGUUUCAACACUUGUCUUUGCCUCUGCCAGGUGUGGAGACCUGCCUGAGCUACGCACCUUGAGGCUUCUUUUUGUGGAGCGUUACGGCCAACCCUUUGUGUCAACGGCUCUCCAUCUCCUGCCUGACAAUCGUGUCAACCCUCAGAUUAAAGAGAAGCUCUCCAUAACCUCAGUAUCGGAUGAGUUUAAGUUCAAACUGUUGGCUGAGAUAGCAGCGGAGCACGGCCUCCGUCUAGAAGUUUUGGCACUCGCGUACACUCCCGACUUUCACAAACAGGGAACAGACAACAGCGAGACAGAAAAAGAGAAGGAAGCACAAGUGGAUAAGUUCACUCUCACGGAAAAACAAGAAGAGAGUCGUAGUGAAUCAUCAAGGGAUCAAAGAAAAUUAUGUGACGAGGAUGAAUGCAUAGAGGAGGAAGUAGUGUUGGAAAAAGACCAGAGAGUAUUUAGAUUCAGAGAGACUCAAGAAGAGAGAAAGGAGAGAAAGAGGUCAAUAAGGAGGAUAUCAAGAUCAGCAUCAAGCAGUCCCAUGGCCAAAGACGUGGAAUGUUGGAGGUACUACUACAAGGGAAGGAGAAGGCGUCAAAAGAAAGAGUGUGGCCAAUGUUACCAUAUAGUGUACAACGUCUUUACAAUGUGGCCGGGUGAUCAAAAGGAAAAAGGACAAGGAGAAAGAGGUUUAAAGGAUGCUAAGCAUGUUCAUCCCAAGCUUCCCGACUGCGAUCAGAUUGCUGCUCACUUUACUGCCCUUAGGAGACGACAACAACAACAGCAGAUGCCUUGA